CGACCGUUGGAGGGUGCCGCGCGCAUGGCCAAGCUGGUGGUGGCGGGUGAGGCGCGGCGGCGGCCGCUCGUCUCCGCGGGCUUCGAAACUUGCCGUUCUUGUCGCCUCGCUGGAGAGCGGUGUCUGUACGGCAACCUGCCUCAGCCGGUUCCGAGUCAGCCCGCUCCCCUUCUUACCCCGGCGGUGAGGCUCCUGCUGCUCUCUGCUGGGGUGUUCCGCCCUCGCGGGUGGCCUUCUCAGCCCCUUAAGCCCUGGUUGAAGAGACCGUUUCACCUCAGAAAUUAUCCUUUCUUUGCUGGCUCAUAUGCUUGUCCUGUUACUUUCUGGGAACUCCCGGGAUGCUGGUUACAUAAGACUCGGUUUUUAACUGGAACGGUUGCUUUGUGUAAUUCCCUCAUUUUGCACACACUGAUGCGUGAGUUGUGAAGCACCUUUUAAUUAUGUAUUGAGAGGAAAGAGUAACGUUUAAGUGUUAUCAAAUGUGAAAAAAAUAUUAAAACCUUUUGUCAGGGAUGUUUAUGUUAGCAGGGGCUUCGUGACAUUUGUGAAAUGGAUGGAUGGGAACACAGAUGAUCUCCUAUCACUUGGAGAGAACUCUUGGAACAGUUAGUUGGAACAAUUAAAAAGCGUUUGGCCUGUUAAGCCCUUAUCAAUCAAUGUCAUGAAAUCUUCCAUUUGUGGUGGUGUCGCUGUGUUCACAGGUAAGGCGAACUGCCCUUACUAUGCCAAAGCUGAACUGCUGGCUGACUACCUCCAGGCUAACUUGCCAGACUUCAGGGUUCACAAGAUCACUCAGCAUCCUGACAAAUGGGAGCAGUGGCUUCAUGACAUUUGUGAAACAAAUGGAUGGGAACACAGACAAUCUCCUAUAAUUUGGAGAGAACUUUUGGACCGUGGAGGGAAGGGCCUGCUUCUGGGAGGAGUUAAUGAUUUCCUGGAAUAUGCUCAGCACUAUUACGGCAUCACCUCAAUGAUGUUGAGUGAGGAAAUGUUAGACAUUGCUGAGGAAAACCUGCAGGCAUAUAUUGAAAUUGAAAAAGAGGAGGAAGAGAUUAAAAGUCUUAUCAAGCCUUUGCAGAUCUGGAUCACCAGUGCAUCAGCUCCAAUCUGUUAUCAGCUGAUCCCUCUGUUGGCAAAUGGAGAAGUGUUUGGGAUGACCACAGAUAUAAGUAUCCAUUUGCUUGACUCUGACCAGUUUAAGGAAGUUCUUUGUGGUAUUGUAAUGGAAGCUGAAGACAUGGCAUUCCCACUCCUCCACAGUAUUUCAGCGCACACUGAAAUAGAUGAGGCUUUUAUUCAAGCUGAUAUUAUCAUUGUUCUUGAUGAUGUCCUCUUAAACUGUGAAGUCCAGUCCGUUGGGAACUACAUCAGAGAAGUGAGUGACGUUUGUCAAGUGUACGCUCCCCUGAUUGAGAAGAAUGCCAAGAGUGAGGUCAGAGUAAUUUCAUCAGGAAAAACCUUCGUAAACCUUAAGGCGAUGAUGAUUAUGACAUAUGGCCCAUCCAUUAAGACUGAAAAUGUCAUUGCCAUUGCGACAUCCUGGGAAAGCGCAGCUAAAGCCACACUGGCCAGGAAGCUGAAUACGAAUGCAGCAGGAGUUAAAGAUGUGAUUGUUUGGGGCAAUAUUACUGGCUGUAACUACAUUGAUUUGUCACAUGCAAAACUUUAUGGGUAUAACUGUGCUAUUUGGGGCCCAGCUAAUUUUCCACGUCCUGUGUUGAAUAUGAUUUAUGAUAGUGAAUGGAUACAUUCAGAAUUUCUAUCUGCACAGAAUUCACUGAAUUCCCGGGUCAGUCAUUGUGUAGGAAUGUUACCUGCUCAUGCAGUAGCCACUGUACUGAGAUACUGGUAUCAUGGCUCUCCUCCUGGGGAGAUCGUUUCUGUGGGAGUAUUUACUGAAGGUCAAUUUUGUGUUCCUGAUGGAAUUGUCUUCUCUAUGCCAGUGAGGUUCCAGAAUGGUAACUGGAAAGUCAUCACAGAAUUAGAAAUUAGUGAAACAACCCAAGAAGCUCUGGGACGUUUAGCCCAUGAGCUGAUUCAGGAAAAGCUCAUUGCACUAAGGGAAAUUAAAGAAAUGCAUCCUUAUGGAGCUGAUGAAAUCACCAGUAAAAAUUAUUUGCGUGAAGAGGUGGAAACCUUGCCUACUGGCUCAUCUUAGCCAGAGAUUUCUGGAGGAGAAAAUGCUGAAAAUUCCUAUACUAAAACAUAGUUUCCAUUGCUCAAAAAAACAAACUACAAAGGCUAAACAUUGUCAUAGCUUUUACAGUAUCAUCUUCCUCAUCAAAAACCUGGAAAUCUGUAGGCAGAAAAAUAUUUCAAAAACAGUGUGAAUGUAACAUUCUUAAUCUGGAGACUAAAGCAAAAUUCCUGUUAACUUUAAUGAGUCUGAGAUUUCAUUUACAUCCAACCACUUAUUUCUUCAGGCCGAUAAACUGUUUCAAAAACAUCUUUUAAUGUCAAAAGCAUUCAUAUUAAGACAAUUUUGAGCAGGAAUGUCACAAAUAAGGUAACAGUUUUAUAACUCCAGGUUCUUGUUUCAGAUGUAAUGAAACACAGUAAGAAUGUGUAUUCUUAGGCAAAAUGGAUUUUUAACACAAAAAUUUAACUGCAUGCAUUUCGUUAGUGACAAGAUCAUUUUUCUCUCUGUGUUUUUUAUUUAUUUCCUGAGUUUCGUAGGGACUACUCAUAUGUUUUAAGUCAAACAUGCAAUUAAUUAAAUUAUUGUCUAAACAGGGUUGUUGAAGUACCAUUUUCACUUGCAUGUCUUUGGUGUCUUAAAAGAUGGAGGCUGUGUUAA